AUAUGAAUAUAUGAUCCUGAAUCCUGAUACAUCUCUGAUUCUCUUCUUCACACAUCUAAUCAGUACGAAGUUGAAAAAUUGGUACAUCUCCAGGAACAUCAAUCUGCAUAAAAUAAUGUUUCAAAUCCUAAAAUACGGAAUAUCAAGCUUAUAAAAUCUUGAAUACAGCAAGAUUCCCCUGGAAUACUAUUUGAAGAAAAAGCUGCAAAACUGAUACCUUGCAGUCUGAAAAGAAAGGACUAGUAGUGGGGAAAAUGGCAGAAGCAAAAGUCAUCAUCAAGUACAUUGCUUAUGCCAUCUUCUUCAUCCCUAUCUGUAUCAUUCUUUUGCUGCUUGGACUUGUCAAAAGUGCAAUAUUCAACCCCUUUGUGUUUCUAGUGAUAGCUUUUGGGGUUACUGGUGUUGUAAUUGGGUUAUGGCCUUGCCAUCUCUUUUACAGCAUCUAUUGCAUAAUCAGGACCAAGAAAUUUGGGCCAUUUAUGAAGAUUGCGUUGAUCUUGCUGUCACCCCUACCAAUUGCAAUAUGGACAGUGGUUGGGGUGCUGGGCAGUGUGGUAAUGGCAAAAUAUUAUGCUUUUGUUUGGCCUGUUAUGGAAACUUUUAGGGCAAUUAGUACGGAAGGUUCAGUUCCUCAGAAGUUGUUCAGAUGCUUAACGAAUGGUACUUGGAGCAAUGUAUGGGGAGCGUGCACUAUUGUGCGCGAUUUUGCAGACUUCUCCUUCCAUUCUUUUUUCUCUGUGAUGGAUGGAUUGCUCGAAUCAAACGAAGAGGAGCCCAUUGAACUCAAAGUUUUGCAGCUUCCAGGGUGUGUUUUAAGUGCUGCUCUUGGAAUUGUGGUGGAUGUUAUUUUUAUUCCUUUGAUAACACUUUACAAAUCUCCGCUAUUACUUUUUAAAGGAUGGCAUCGUUUGGUACAAGAUCUUGUGGGGAGAGAAGGACCCUUCCUUGAAACUGUUUGUGUCCCCUUUGCCGGACUUCUUAUCCUCUUGUGGCCAAUUGCUGUCGUUGUAGCUAUUGUGUGCGGUGUUCUUUCAAGCAUUGGAUUCGGUUGCUAUGCUGCUGUAGUGGCAUAUCAGGAAGAAUCUACAAAGAAAGGAUUGCUCUAUGCCAUAGCAUCAGUGUCUAUUUUCGACGAGUACACUAACGACCUUCUUUAUUUGAGAGAAGGUUCUUGUUUUCCAAGACCUAAUUAUCGAGGAGGAGAAAGUUCCAGUUUUUCUUUACUUCCCGUAAAAGGACUACAUGAACAACUCGAUGGUGUGUACAAAAAGGAGCCUCUUCUGAGGACAACUUCAGCAAAGAAGAGAGCAUUAAAUUCCAUUAUGAUAUGGGACAAUUUCUUCAAAGGGUGUGAGCAAGCUGGAAAAGAUCUUCUUACAAAAGGAGCUAUCACAACUGCAGAUUUAAGCGCGUGGCAACAGUCAAAGAACAACCAGAUUAUCAAUGUAGGAGUUCCUGCUUAUGUAUUAGUGGAUUGCUUGCUUCGCUCUAUUAAAAGUGGCUCAACAGGAUUUCUUUUGGGUAACAAUGUAGAGAUGACAGGUCUGAACAGGCCCGAGGGAAAGGUGUUUGAUUGGUUAUUUGAACCAAUGAGUAUCAUGAAAGAACAGCUUAGAAACCUGAAAUUGACAGAGUCUGAAGAGUUGUAUCUCUCCAAGUUGUCUCUUUACCGUGGAGAUACAGCAAGGAUGGCAGCUUGGGACAAUGGUGGUGCGCCUCCACGUGAAGAAAUCAGGAGAGCACAAUUAGAGGGUUUAAGUAGAAGGCUGCAGGGCUUCUGUUUGACAAUCUCAAGGCUGCCAACAUCUCGGCGAAAAUUCAUUCAAGUUGACAAGGAAAUUGCUCAAGAAUUAAACCGAGGGUCAAUUUCUUUAGGAUCAGGAGCAGUAUGAAUUCACUUUGGCAUCUCACAAAUACUGAUGACAAAGCUAUAAGGGAUCGGUCAGUUUUUACUACAUUCUUUUUCUGAUAGUAUUAAAGUUAUAGUUGGAAACUUAGUAUAAGAAAUCGCUAUCUUACUGUAUCAAUACUCGAUGUAGAAACAACCUUAUGUAGCCAUUUUUUCUCUUAGAAGUCAUAAAUAUUGAAAGUUUCUAGUACAUAAUCAAGUUUGCACUUUCUGACAAACUAUCCUGAUGUGCUUGAGUUCUUCACUUCUGUGGUUCUGCCUAAGUUUUACUUCUUUGAAAAUACCACAAAACCUUUGAGGUAAAAGGGGGAGGCAAAAAGAAACCCUUAUUCAGGCAAAAAGAAAUGCUACCAGCUACGUUCGAGAUUCUACAUUGGAUCAGUGAAACUUUUGUAAUUUAAGUUCUAAGUACUUAAAAAAUCAUUCUUUAACUUGAGUUAUCAAAAAGUAAAUAGUAUGGAUCGAGUUAUAGCUUAUGUUCUGAGAUGUUGAACUUUAAUACGGAGUACAGAGCAAUUUCUUACAGUAAUUGCAGGAUUACAGUCAUUAUACAGGCUGUUUAGGUUAUGUAAUUUGUUGAUGGUAAUGAUUGUAGACAUGUAUAUAAAGCUAAUUAGUUAGAAAUAACAUCCAAAUUAAUUAUAAUGUUAAUUUAGUUAAGUAUAUUUUAUAGGAUCGGUUCAUUGGAUCUUAGAAUCGUAUAAUCACAUUAGUUUUAAGAUCCCAAACUUUUGGUACAAGCUUUACUGACAGUACGUAGAACAGAACUAAAUUUUCCCUCUCCUUCUUUCCUUCCCUGGUCUCAAAAAAGAAAAAGCAAAAAGAAGCAAUCUUUAAACCCUACGUUACUAUUAAGAUUUGGCGUUUUGAUUUUCUUGGAGAUGGGUUCUUCAUCCGACAAACACCCACAAUUCUUCAAAGUGUUUCAACCACAAACUUCUUCUGAAAAAUUGGUAUGUUUGUUUUUUUUUUCAUUCAAUUUUACAAAGUUCCAUUGUUUUUUCCCCUGUUUUCAUUGAUGCUUCAUGAUUUCGUUCUGUAUAAGUGUUCAGUUUCUUUAAUUUUUGUAUAAUUAUAAAGAUGAACAAUUUUAAAUUUAAUUUCGGUUGAUCGAGGUCGGAUUCUUCAUUGCGUUAAUGUCUGCAACCGAGAAUUUGUUGAAUUGUUGUUAAUUGACUAUGUAAACGUUCAAUGUUAUGACCCACCUACAAGAGAUGGGUGGCUGUUUCAAUCACAGUUUAUGAUGAUUCAGAAACGUUCAAUGUUAUGAAAAUUGAAUAUUUUGUAGAUGCUCCCACCUGCAUUUGAAAGCAAGUUAUCUGGAGAAAUUCCAAGCAGAGUGGUCUUGAAAAAAAAAAAUUAAUAUGGUUGAUUAAUGUGGUUAGAAUUGAUGGUAGAUUACACUUUGAAGGUGGCUGGUCUAAAUUUGUGUUGGAUAAAUUCCUUGAGUUUUGGGGAAUUUAUGGUGUUUAAGUAUAAUGGACAACGUACUUUCGACAUUUUGAUCCUUGGGAGAGAUGGAUGUAAGAAGGAAUCCGGUAAUGCGGAGGAGACUGAAGAUUCAGAGGAAGUAGUAAAACAUGUAGAUGAUGAUGAUUACGGUAAUGCAGAGGAGACUGAAGAAUCAGACUAUCAGAGGAAGAACAUGUAAAACAUGUAGAUGAUGAUUACGAGGAGGAGGAGGAGAAGGAAGAUGAUGAUGAUGAUGAUGAUUACACAGUGCCUAAACACUUUUCACCUAAGUACAAUUACAACUCUGUGCAAGGCAGAACCAACUCCAUUUGGGGAUAAAGAAUGGAAGAAUUCGCGAGGAGGAAUACUUGAGGAAUUUCUGAAGGAUUUGAGCAGAAUAAAUGCUUGGUUUUAGCAGAAAUCAGGUCUGUUAUAGGGAAUUCAGUCAUAAAAUUUUAACAGCAAUGAAAGAUUUCAUUCGAGUUUAGGAUGUAUUGGAAGUUGAAGAAACUGUUGAAGCACUCUCAUAGGAUUGAUAUGAGCAGAAGCAUUGGUUGAAAGAUUUGACUCACUAAUCGUGCAACUAUGUGGUUGUUUCUACUGUCAAUCUCGUGUUUUUUUCCCUUGUUUCUCUGUAUUUUAGUUUCUGCAAGUUGUACAAGAGGUGUGUUUAUUGACAUGGUUUAGUCUAUGCUUCAGCAGUUUAAGGCAAACGUGGUUAAUGAGAAAGUUCUCGUUCUUUUUCUUGCAAA